AUGUCUUCGGGCUAUAACAGUCCGGCUCGGAGCCCCGGGAGUUCGAGGCUUCAGUUGGGUGGUGGAGGUGGAGGAGUCGCCAGGUUGAGAUCUUCGUCGCUGAAGAAGCCGCCUGAGCCGCUGCGCCGAGCUGUAGCCGAUUGCCUAUCGUCCUCCGCGGCUAGCUCCCACCAUGCCAGCACAUCCUCCACUGUGCUCCUCUCCGAAGCUUCUAGAAUUCUUCGGGACUAUCUGGCGGCCCCUUCGACGAUGGACUUGUCUUACAAUGUGAUUUUAGAACAUACCAUUGCUGAGAGGGAGCGCAGCCCAGCAGUUGUUGCAAGGUGUGUGGCACUUUUGAAACGUUACCUUUUAAGGUACAAACCUAGUGAAGAGACGUUACUGCAGAUAGAUCGGUUUUGUGUAAACACCAUUGCUGAAUGCGACAUUGGUCCAAACCGAAGAUUUUCUCCAUGGUCACAAUCAUUUGCAUCAACAACAUCAACAGCAUCAACAGCAUCAACAACAUCUACAAAUAUUGUUCCUUUGUCUGUACCUAGUUUUGCUUCUGGGGCGCUUGUGAAGUCCUUGAACUAUGUGCGCUCUCUAGUGUCUCAACAUCUUCCAAGGCGGUCAUUCCAUCCGGCUGCUUUCUCUGGAGCCCUCUCUGCAACUAGACAGUCUCUUCCGAGUUUGUCUUCUUUGUUGAGUAGAUCCUUUAAUGUGCAACUAAGCCCUGCACAUAGUGAACCUUUGGAGAAUAAAGAUGUCACAACUAUGUCUAUUUUGAACUUAUCAAACGUUGAAAAGGUUGAUGGAAUGGGAGAUCUUGAAUACUUUGCACUUGAUGUUCUCAAGUGGCGCUGGCUUGGGGAACAGCAGUCAUCAUUCUUGGGGACUGACAGUGAUCGUAUUGUAAAUCACCAAGACAUGAGAACGCAUAAUCUCCUAGAAGUAGGUGCAGCAGCUCUACUUGUUGGAGAUAAGGAUGCUAAAAUGAAAGGUCAGCAUUGGAAGUAUUUUGGAACUGCUGGUAUGCCUUAUCUGGAUCAACUGUUGCAACCUUCACCAGUAACAACAAUUACUGAUUCUGCCGCUGCGCGUUCCCACUUGAGAGCAAUAACAGCAUCUAAGCGCACUAAAUCCGGCCCUCGUCAAAUAUGGGAUGAUUCUCCGGCGAGCACAUUUCGUCCACGGGCUAAGCCGCUAUUCCAGUAUCGUCACUAUAGCGAACAACAACCGUUGCGGUUGAAUCCUGCUGAGGUUUGUGAGGUCAUUGCUGCAGUUUGCUCUGAGUCAUCUUCGCAGAAUGCUAAUGUGAUGACAGGAUCAUCUAGAUUAAAUAAUAACUAUGGAAAGCCGUCGAUGGAUGCUGCAGUGAGCGUCCUUAUCAAACUUGUUAUUGACAUGUAUGUUUUGGAUUCUGGAACUGCUGCCCCUCUCACUCUGUCUAUGCUCGAGGAAAUGCUUAAUUCUCCAAGAACAACAUGUAGGGUUCGUGCUUUUGAUUUGAUUUUGAACCUUGGAGUUCAUGCUCAUUUAUUAGAGCCAAUGGUGACCGAUAACGCUUCCACGAUUGAAGAAGAGUAUUCCCAAGACUCAUAUUUUGACAGUGAAGCUAAGCUUGCAACACAAGGCAUGAGAAGAUCAGAUUCUGUUCUGAUGGGCGCUUCCUCAGCUAUUCAUAAUUUUGAAUCUUGGAUUUUAAAUAUUUUAUAUGAGAUAUUGCUUCUUCUUGUUCAGAUAGAAGAGAACGAAGAAUCUGUCUGGGCUUCUGCUCUUAGCUGUUUGCUUUAUUUUGUCUGUGAUAGAGGCAAAAUCUUGAGAAACCGGAUAAAUGGCCUUGACAUAAGGGUUAUUAAGGCACUACUAGAAAUUAGCAGGAAGCAUUCUUGGGCCGAAGUAGUUCAUUGCAAGCUUAUUAGCAUGUUAGCAAACAUGUUUUAUCAAGUACCUGAAGGAACCAACAAGGCUGUUUCAAGUACCCAAUUGUUUCUGGUGGAGCAAGUUGAUCUGAUUGGUGGAAUAGAGUUUAUUUUUCUUGAGUAUUCACUUGCAAAAUCAAGGGAGGAAAGGAGAAAUCUCUUUUUGGUGCUUUUUGACCAUGCCUUGCAUCAAAUAAAUGAAAUAUGCAUAGCUACCGGAGUCACUGAGUAUAGCGAUGAUGAGAUUCAGCCUCUUGUUGCCCUGCUCAAUCUGGCUGAUGCGCCCGAAGCUUUUUAUAUAUCUGUUAAGCUUGGGUUGGUAGGCAUCGGGGAAAUUUUGAGGAGUUCUAUUUCUGAUGCAUUGUCUAGAUAUCCGAACAGUGAACGGCUAAAUAUGCUGUUGGACAGUGUGAUGGACAAAUUUGGUGCAACAAUAUGUUCAUUUACUCAUUUGGACAUGGAGUUCUCACAUAUGAUGCAGAUAACCAAAUCUUACAAGUCUCUGGAUAGCAUUGAAGGGGCAGUUCUGAGAAAUGGUGUUGGCAUGAAAGCAAAGCUCUCAUGGGCCAUUUUACAUUCCCUUCUUCAUUCAGAAAGAACUACUUACCAUCGGAAUGGGUAUGUCUGGUUAAGUGACCUGCUUAUUGCAGAAAUUAGUGAGGAAAGGAAUACAAGCAUAUGGUCAAAUAUCAAAAGCAUGCAGCAGAAAAUUGCCCAUGCUGGUGUUCAUGAUUCUGCAGUUGCUUCUGAUGUUCCUUUGCCCAUUUGGCUUAUGUGUGGGCUUUUGAAGUCAAAACACAACUCAAUCAGAUGGGGCUUUUUGUAUGUUCUUGAAAGGCUUCUCAUGAGGUGUAAAAUUUUGUUAAAUGAAAAUAAAAUCCAGCAAUCACUUGGAAGUGAUAUUGGCAAUACACGCAAAGACAGCCGUCUUGAGAAAGCUAAUGCAGUGAUAGACAUCAUGAGUACUGCCUUGUCCUUGGUUUUUCAGAUAAACGAAACAGAUCGCAUCAAUAUAUUGAAGAUGUGUGACAUCCUAUUCUCUCAAUUGUGCUUGAGAGUUCCUCUAGCAAAUGCAACAGAGUUCGGAGAUGAUUCACAGCUUGGUAGGGUUCUUAGUUCCAUGGAGGGAAAUAAAAAAGUUGAUGAGAAAGAAAAUUCUGACCAGGAUAUCCGUAUGGAAGAAGCCAGUGGCAGACCUGUCUACAGUAAUAACAAUCGUCUUGAUCAUGAGACAGAAUCAAUGGCAGCACUGCUUCUUCGAGGACAUGCCAUAGUUCCCAUGCAAUUGGUUACACGUGUUCCAGCUGCUUUGUUCUAUUGGCCAUUGAUUCAACUUGCUGGUGCAGCAACGGACAACAUUGCGUUGGGUAUAGCUGUUGGAAGCAAAGGAAGAGGGAACCUUCCUGGUGCCACAUCUGACAUACGAGCUACCCUUCUGUUACUUCUAAUUGGUAAAUGUACUGCAGAUCCUGCUGCUUUCCAGGAAGUUGGUGGGGAAGAAUUUUUUAGGGAACUCUUGGAUGAUACAGACUCGAGGGUGGCAUAUUACUCUUCAGCUUUUCUUCUGAAGCGGAUGAUGACAGAAAAACCUGAAAAGUACCAACACAUGCUUCAGAAUCUUGUUGUUAGGGCUCAGCAGAGCAACAAUGAAAAGCUGUUGGAAAAUCCAUAUCUUCAGAUGCGUGGAAUACUGCAGCUGGCGAAUGAUCUUGGAACUGGGUUGUAA